AUGGUUACUGAUAUCAAUAAUGUUCCAAUCGGCGAAGCACUUGAAAAGAAUGGCUACGUCGUGAUUGAUGGUCUUAUUCCAAUUGAUUCUUUCCAAAAGCUAACCGAUGCUUGCGAUCGUGUUGUAGACCGUGCUAGACGUGGUGACUGGAAAUACCGUCGCUUAGUAGGAACUCAGUUUCCUCCAUGGACAGAGGGCACAGACGUAUGGGGUGUUCAACAUUUGAUGCAUCCUGAAUUGAAAGAGUCAGUUUUUGCUGAAUGGUAUGGAUCAUCCCAGCUUUCAGAAGCUGUAUGCCAACUUUUAGGCACAAAACCCGAAGAGUUACAGCUGGAACUGUUCAAUCUUUUAAUUAACCCUCAGGAGUCUGAUUUUGACCUCACAUGGCAUCGUGACACUGUCCCUGCUGAGGCUUCAGAAGAAGAAGAAGCAAAGAUCCUUACUGUUUCCCACUAUGGUACACAAUGGAAUACGGCUUUAUAUCAAGACGAAUGUCUUUACGUUGUACCACAAUCCCACCGUCGUCUUCGCACAGAAAGAGAACGUGAUAUUACUAUAAAUGAUCCCAAAAGUCACGAUAUGCCUAAUAUGCUCAAGGUAGUCUUAAAGCCAGGUCAGACUGUGUUUUAUGAUAACAAUAUUCUUCAUCGUGCUGCCUACUCCAAAGCCAAUAAGAGAGCUACGUUGCAUGGCUGUAUGGGUACAAUCACAGGUGGUGAUCAUCGUGCUGCCAGUAUUUUUCAACAUGGUCUUGACUGGAUGAAUACUCCCGAGUUUAAGAACUCUUUACCUCCUUCUUUGGAUCAGUCGUACAAGAACACUCUUGCUAUGGCUGAAAGUGCUGGAUUGAGCCAAAUGACCGCCUCUCCUAUCCAUUGA